AUGCUGGGCACAUGGCCAGAUGUUGAGCCUGUGCUGCCAGAUGCUCAGAUUGAUGCAGACUGGCUGAAGCAGUUUCCUUUGAAGACCAAAGGACGGCACAUCGUGACCCAGGCGGGGGAACGCUUCCGCUUGCGAGGGGUGAACUGGUAUGGCGCCAGCGAUUGCAAGCACGUCGUGGGAGGCUUAGACAUCCAAAAUUUGGACACCAUUUGUUCCUCCAUCUCUGCGCUGGGUUUCAACACCGUUCGGCUGCCCUUCUCCAACGAGAUGCUGCGGAGCUCCGUGUGCGGCGCAGAUGCCAUCGACCGGCAGAAGAACCCCUCGCUGGACGAGGUGAAACCGCUCGAGGCGUUUGAUGCGGUGAUCCAUGCGCUGGGGCGAUGGAAGAUCGCGGUGGUGCUGAACAACCACACGAGCCACGGCGAAUGGUGCGGCGGCCCUGACCGCAAUGGCCUUUGGUUUGACCCCUCCAGUGACCUCUACACCGAGGAGCAGUGGAUCGAAGAUUGGGCCAUGCUCGCACGGCGCUAUCGCCACUGCCCGUACGUGGUCGGCUUCGACCUGCGCAACGAGGUGCGCUUCUGUCCUUGGCCCUUCCGCUGGGCCACGGCGAAGCGUUGGGCCGCGGCCGCGCAGCGGUGCGGCGUGCGGGUGCGAGAGGAGCUGCAGGAGGAAAUGAGACUCUUGGUGGUGGAACGGAUCAUUUGGCCGAUGCGAUCAUUGGAGGCUUAUGCGGCCGAGGGCGUAUUGCUGCCAGAGUGGUCAGGGCAUUUGGUGCUGGGGGUGCAUCACUACAGCUGGAAUGGGCCCGGACGAUAUUUGACCUGUGGGCACGUGAUGAAGGGCUGCAUGGGAGUCAUGAAGAAUCUGCUGAGGUGCAUGGGAGUCUUCUCCCCGCAGAACUAUGGAGAUAUGGAUCCAGAUCAGCUCAAGGAACCUGGGCGCGGCAAGCCAAGUAAUGAAGCUCCGGGUGUUGAGGCUCACCUUCAGAGCCUGGGCGCCGUGUGGCUCGCUUUUGGGGAUCCGUCCUUCGGCGUCUUCAAUCGUCGCGCCGUCCAGGAGGUGCUGCAGAGGCAGUGGGGCUUUCUGCUGAGCGAGGACCGGUGCCCGGUCUGGGUCAGUGAGUUUGGCAGCGGCUCGCAGGUGGCUUUGCCACAGCUGAGCUUCUCUAUACACCUCGAUGGCUACGAUUUCCGGUGGCUCAGCCGCUUCGUGGAGAUCUUGGGGAAGAUGGAGGUGGAUUUUGCCUAUUGGCCUUUGAACGUCGGCCCCAAGCCGGGCUGCGGUGGAGACGAGUCCUAUGGCAUGCUGGCUGCUGAUUGGACCUUGAAGGAAGAACCCGACGAACGGCUCGAGCUCCUGCGCCACCACGGCCUUUUGCCGAGCGCAGCACCUUCUCGCCACUGCUGUGAGGUGAACGGCUAG